UCGAGUUGCCCCGUCGCAGCAGUCUUCGUCCGUCGAUCGUCGUGCUUGUGUUACAAAAAGUUAUUACCAACAGCGCAGCAGCAGCCAUUCGAAGAGAUUAUUAUUCCUUUGAAAAAUUCCCUUUUUACUGUCCAAAUUCUAGUUCUUGCUCCGGUGCGUCCGCUGUAAAGCAAACACGGUAAAUUUCGGGUUGUGGUGAAGUACGCGAAAGUACGAUUAUCAUUCGGGAAAAGGUGUAUUUCAGUGUGUUACCUUCGGGGUAGAAAAAAAAUCGCAUAACGGGGACAACGUCGCACAUAAAGAAUUUCCUUGUGCGGCUGGCUGCUGAGUAGUUUCCCUUUCGAUUCCGUUGGUUUCGGAAUAAAAACAGCAACAGCACUGCUUUUGCUAAUGAUUAUUUUCCUGCCUUUCCAUUUGUGAGUAAGAACGAGAGGGUCAAUGGUAAAGUAGAAAAAAAAACACACGCCUGAGUGCCAAGUGUUCUCUUUCCUCCGCACACUUGAUCGUAAUCUGUGUGGAGUUUUUUUUCCUUCUGUGAAGUGUUGUGAAACAGUGAAUAAAAUAAGCAAAUCAACAGUCGUUCCAUUUCUGGGCUUAUUUUACUUUGGUUAAGAUUUUCAUCUCGGAGGAUUUACCAUUGCCAUCGAAAACGUGGCGAAUGUAAACAUUUUCCCAGCCCCAGCCACUGCAAGUGACGUCGACCUAUCGAGUGUUCCGACGUGGAUUUUAAGGUUCCUGCUAUCAAAAUCAGAUUGCGGCUGUGGGUGAAUCAUUUAAUCGGUGCGGUGUGAACAGAAACAAACAGCAGCAACAACAGUAAGCAAAAGUGCGCGAUUGGGGGGAAAACAGAGAACCCACCAGUUCCUCAUAGUGUGUAGUUGAGUGAGGAACGAGCAAGUAAGCUAGCAAGCAAGUAGCAGAGGCAAAGUAGUGUUUACACAACACAACAAAAACAACAACAGAGCCUACAGUAUGUCUUCGCAGCCGUCCAGUUCCGCCGUUCGUGCUCUAUCGCUGGAGUACAAAAGCCUACAGGAGGAACCAGUUGAGGGCUUCCGGGUCAAGUUGCUGAACGAGGACAAUCUCUUCGAGUGGGAGGUGGCCAUCUUCGGCCCACCCGAUACCCUCUACCAGGGUGGAUAUUUUAAGGCUCACAUGAAAUUCCCUCCAGAUUAUCCAUAUUCUCCACCAUCUAUACGUUUUCUCACAAAAGUUUGGCAUCCAAAUGUUUAUGAGAACGGCGAUCUGUGCAUCUCGAUCCUUCAUCCACCGGUCGAUGAUCCCCAGAGUGGCGAGCUGCCCUGUGAACGAUGGAACCCGACCCAGAACGUCCGAACCAUCCUGCUUUCAGUGAUCUCCCUGCUCAAUGAGCCAAACACUUUUUCGCCAGCUAACGUAGACGCAUCGGUCAUGUACAGGAGAUGGCGGGAUUCACAGGGCAAGGACAAUGAAUAUCCAAAUAUUAUUAGGAAACAAGCACAAGCCGCAAGAGUCGAAGCAGAGAAGGAAGGUAUCAUCGUGCCAACAACGCUAGAAGAAUAUUGUAUCAAAUCCAAGACGAAACCGAGCAGUCAAGAACCACAGCUCGACAUGACAGACUUCUACGACGAUGAUUACGACAUGGACACGGAAGACGAUGACCAGGGCUCGGUAGGUUCGUUUGCUGAUGGCGACGACAGUGGUAACGGUGAGUCAUAACAGACCAACUGCGGUAGCGUAACGUCGGUUUAAAUUACUAUAAAAACAAAUUUGUAAUGGAUUAUCAUAUUGAAGGCGCAUGCUGAAACAAUAAAGAAAAAAACUAAAUUUGCAAAACAAAUGAGAACAAAAAAAGGUGUUGCCAGCAAGUGAAACAAUAGUGAGGUGGAAUACAUACAGCGUUAUGUUUUUAAAUUUAUUCGUGCAUGCCUUUUGAAAAUGUCCUAAUCGUUUGUGCGAAUGUUUGCGAGCGGGGUUGAAAUCGAAAAAAUCGACUCUGUUCCUGCAGCCUAGCAAGCAUAGAAGAAUGCAGUUUUAUUUUGUACCUUUAGCUUAUUUCCCCUCUGGACUGGUUUAGUCUAAAAAAAAAGAUUCAAAUCUUUUUGUACAUAAUUGACGUCUACACGUUUAAAGAACAACCUAGAUGGGUAACUGGAGUAAGAAAAAUUGGAAACACGCGCAUACCUUCAUAACUGUAAAUUUUGUCAUUAUUUCUCAGACAUUAUUAGAAGCUCAACUCUUCUGUCGCCGAUUUUAUGUUUGCAGUACAGUUUCUUCGCUCUAGUGCAAUCAGGCUAGAAUAGUUAAACAAAAUAAACCAAGAAACAGGAACUGUAUUAGAUUGUAGCGAUUAAUGGAAGAGGGAGCGCGCACUGUUCACUGUUAAAAAUAACUCAUACACCUUAAAUUAACACUUUCCAGAAUGCAUAACAUUUUUGCAAACCAUACUUUUCCAUGCUCUUGUUCAUCAUUGUGUAUCAUAGGUUUCUUUUUCCCAUCAAUAGACACCACGCGUAUUAAAUAAAUAUUGCUAGUUUAAAAACAUGGAAAGAGCAGCGAACGUUCGAAGCAAUAUAGUGGUAAUCUACCCAUAAAUGACAAAUAAGAAUUAAAUACCCUAUAAAAAGAUGCUAUCUGUCGUCCGAUACAAAAGCAUAAGAUACUAAAUGAAGAAAAAAAAAAUAAACCCAACUGAUUAUCUCAAUCCCUUGUCUCAUAAUAAGCUAGUUAAGGACGCUGAUGACGAACACAGACACACACACAUAUUAAUGCAAGAAGCACGAGACAACAAGUAAAAAAACAAAAACAUGUUCAAGCGGUACUUCAAUUUUUUUUCUAUAUUAUUUUACUGUUUUUCUUUUUUUUGUAAACAAGGCAGAGUAAAUAGCAAUUGAUUUAGCGAAGCCAGAAAUAAAUGAAAAUAUUUUAUUUUUACAAUUA